CUGAAAUACGUCACGGAUUUCAUUGUCGUCGCCAUUUUAUUUUUCGCAACCUUUUCUCGUUCAGAUAUCGGCUGCGGUUGACAAAGAAGAUCACAUCAAAAUCUUAAAUGUUUGACAAAAUGGGUGAACCAACUUCUUCCACUGGAACAGGUCUUGCUGAAUUAGCACACCGUGAGUACCAAGCUGGUGAUUAUGACAACGCAGAGAGACAUUGCAUGCAGCUAUGGGCGCAGGAGCCAGACAACACUGGGGUGCUACUGUUGCUAAGCUCAAUACACUUUCAAUGUCGGAAACUUGAUAGGUCGGCGCACUUCAGUACACUAGCCAUCAAGCAGAACCCAAUGUUAGCCGAGGCUUACUCCAACCUGGGCAACGUGUUCAAGGAGCGGGGCCAGCUCCCCGAGGCACUGGAGAACUACCGGCACGCCGUCAGGCUAAAACCGGACUUCAUCGACGGCUACAUCAACCUGGCAGCAGCGCUGGUGGCGGCCGGAGACAUGGAAGGGGCUGUGACGGCAUACAUACAGGCGUUACAGUACAACCCUGACCUCUACUGUGUUCGGAGUGACCUGGGCAACCUUUUAAAGGCUCUGCAUCGCCUAGAUGAAGCCAAGGCUUGCUAUCUGAAGGCUAUAGAGACACAGCCCAACUUUGCCGUGGCCUGGAGCAACCUUGGCUGUGUAUUCAAUGCUCAAGGAGAGAUAUGGCUGGCAAUACAUCAUUUUGAGAAGGCUGUGACACUAGAUCCUAACUUCCUUGAUGCAUACAUCAAUCUUGGGAAUGUCCUCAAAGAAGCUCGCAUCUUUGACAGAGCUGUUGGUGCAUAUCUACGAGCGCUGCAGUUAAGUCCAAACCAUGCUGUGGUUCACGGAAACCUUGCCUGUGUCUACUAUGAGCAGGGAUUGAUAGAUCUUGCCAUCGACACCUACCGGCGGGCCAUCGAGCUCCAGCCCCACUUCCCCGAUGCCUACUGCAACCUGGCCAACGCCCUCAAGGAGCAAAGCAAAGUCUCGGAGGCCGAGGAGUGCUACAACACGGCGCUGCAGCUCUGCCCGACCCACGCCGACUCCCUCAACAACCUGGCCAACAUCAAGCGGGAGCAGGCCCUGACCGAGGAGUCCAUCAAGCUGUACUGCAAGGCGUUGGAGGUGUACCCGGAGUUUGCCGCCGCCCAUUCCAACCUGGCCAGCGUCUUGCAGCAGCAGGGCAAGCUUCAGGAGGCUCUGGUGCACUACAAAGAGGCCAUUAGAAUUGCACCAACCUUUGCCGACGCCUACUCCAACAUGGGCAACACACUGAAGGAGAUGCAGGAUAUCCAGGGAGCAUUGCAGUGCUACACCAGGGCCAUCCAGAUCAACCCAGCCUUUGCCGAUGCGCACAGCAACCUGGCUUCCAUUCACAAGGAUUCUGGCUCCAUUCCUGAGGCUAUUGCAUCAUACAGAACGGCACUGAAGUUGAAACCAGACUUUCCCGAUGCCUACUGCAACCUAGCCCACUGCCUACAGAUUGUGUGCGAUUGGUCGGACUAUGAGCAGCGCAUGAAGCAACUGGUGACCAUCGUCGCCGACCAGCUGGACAAGAAUCGACUACCGUCUGUCCACCCGCAUCACAGCAUGCUGUAUCCGCUGUCUCCGGAAUUCCGCAAGGGCAUCGCCAGUCGACACGGGAACCUCUGUCUGGAGAAGAUCAACGUGCUGCACAAGGGCACGUACCAGUACCCCAAGGAGCUGUCUCCCAACGGCAAGCUGAGAGUUGGCUAUGUAAGCUCCGACUUUGGCAACCACCCGACAUCUCACCUCAUGCAGAGCGUCCCCGGCAAGCACAGCGACAAGGUUGAGGUGUUCUGCUAUGCUCUGAGUGCCGAUGAUGGCACCAACUUCCGAGCCAAAGUCUACAAGGAGGCUGGAACAUUUGUGGACCUGUCCCAGAUUGCAUGCAAUGGCAAGGCUGCGGACCGCAUCAACGCAGACGGCAUUCACAUCCUGGUCAACAUGAACGGCUACACCAAGGGUGCCCGAAAUGAACUGUUUGCCCUGAGACCUGCACCGAUCCAGGCCAUGUGGCUUGGCUACCCAGGCACCAGCGGUGCAUCCUUCAUGGACUACCUGAUCACCGACAUGGUGACCUCCCCGAUGGACCUGGGCCAGCACUACUCUGAGAAGCUGGGCUACAUGCCCCACACCUUCUUCAUCGGCGACCACUGGAACAUGUUCCCCCACCUCCUGGACAAGAUCAUCGUCGAGUCCAAGGACGGCCUCAAGCGAGACAACGUGGGCAUCAUCAACACGACAGACGUCAAGGGUUUCAUGGAGAAAGUCAACUCUGUGGUGCCCGCCAAGCAGCCAACCACCACUGCCGCUAAUGGGACUGCUUCAUCCAAAAAGACUGAAAAUGGAAACGGCGACAAGCUAGCUCACUCCGCUAACCCGCUCCAGUUUGCCGUUAUGGAUAACUCCAUCUCGCAGGCGCUGAACACCAUGGUGAUUCAGGGACACGCCCAGGCCUCCAUCAACGGAAUGAACAUCACCCAUGGACUGGCCGUCAACCAGGUGCAACCCAAGGCAGCAACUGGAGAGGAAGUGCCAACAACUCCCAUCAUUACCACUCGCUCCAUGUACAGCAUUCCGGACGAUGCCAUCGUCUACUGCAACUUUAACCAGCUGUACAAGAUAGACCCUGCCACGUUGCAGAUGUGGGUCUCGAUCAUCAAGAAAGUUCCCAACAGCAUCCUCUGGCUCCUGCGCUUCCCAGCCACCGGCGAGCCCCACCUGACCGCCUCGGCCACCCGUCUAGGCAUGCCGGCCGGUCGCCUUAUCUUCUCCCCCGUCGCCUCCAAGGAGGAACACGUCCGGCGCGGCCAGAUUGCCGACGUGUGUCUGGACACGCCGCUGUGCAACGGCCACACCACGGGCAUGGAUGUGCUGUGGGCUGGCACCCCGAUGGUGACCCUACCUGGUGAAACCCUAGCAUCUCGCGUUGCAGCCUCCCAACUCCACUGCCUGGGAUGCCCUGAGCUGGUCGCAUCCUCCAGACAAGAGUACGAGAACAUUGCCAGCAGGCUUGGGACAGACCCAGAUUUCCGAAACACGAUGAAGUUCAAAGUAUGGAAAGGCCGCACCGAGAGCCCGCUGUUCAACGUCAAGACCUACACCCUGAGCCUGGAGCGCCUCUUCUUCCAGAUGUGGGAGAAGCAGGAGAAGGGCGAAAAGGCCGACCAUGUCAACUGGACCCCAGAAAAUGGCGCAUCUAUUGUAGAAAUAAGCCAGUAAAUAAAAAAUUGCAAGAAAGAACAGACAAUGUGUUUGGAUUUCAGUGUUUCGAGCAGUAAAUUGUUUUGUAGGACUGUUUCCUUUUUCUUUCUUUUUUAACUGAAUAACCAGAAGCAAUUUUCUUGGAGCGUGUUUUUGCUUUUGUAGAAUAGACACUGCAUGACAGUUUGAAUUUCGCUUUGAUGUGCCUACCCUUGGAAAUUUGGCUCGACAGCAAGUUAAACCAAAGAGUUGUCGAGACUGUGUUCUGUAAUUUGGAAAUACUAAAUGCAAGUUCAUUAUCUUUCUAGCAUCAAUGCUGUAAUGUCCGCGUGGUCAUUGAAAAUCCAAAUAUAUCUCGGAUAUGACUGUCAAGUAAAAUGAUUCCUCACUACUCGCUUCAUAAGAUGCAUGGGACGUUAUGCACGUGUAUAAAAUAAUUAACAUCAGCGCACUGUAAAUAGCCAGAUUUAGUUUUGAUCACAUUUACUCAUACUACGCUUAAUCGAGAUAAAAAAGCCACCGUUUGCCUUUCCAAAUUUGUUUGUUUUAUCCCAAAUCGUUGGAAGUUAAAAAGUGGUUUUAGGGAGUUAAUUCGUAAUGUGAAAAAAUGAUUUUGUAUAUAAAUGUAUGUCCAGAAUGUUUCAUAAGAGUCACGUAGGUUUCGGGUUUUUUUCCUUCAUUUUAUUUUUGAAAUUAAACCACCCCCCCCCCCCCCCCCUUGAUUAUAAAAGAAAAAAAGUUACUUGAAGUUGUGAUGGUGAUAGUAUUGUAAAGCAUUGUAAUAUUUGCCGCAGGAGAUUCAUUUAAAACAUGGUGGCUCGCAUGUCUUACUGAAAUGUAAAUAAGAUAUAUAUAUACUGGAGUUGGAAUGGAUGUAUACAACAGAUGGUGCAUUGGUAGGGAUAUGAUGAAUAUUGUCGGCAAAAUAACUAUAUUAAUUUUGUGACAAGAUCUGGGAUUUUGUUUUCGUGCAUUUGAUGGUAUAUAAAUCACUACAGGUUCUCCUUAUUUAAUUGUGCAUGUACUCCACUUGGGGUGUUGCUCAACUCAUUUAGGUGCACACUUUAGAGGCAAGUACAACUGUUUAUUGUUUCUCUUCUAAGUUCUACAAUGUACUGAAUUAUUUUAAUAUUUCUGCAAGUUACUACACAAAAUAGGUCAAUCCCAUCCUAUUAAAGUAUUGUUUUUUUGUUGGGAAUGGGUUGUUGGGAGUGGGUUACAAUCAAAGGUCAAAAUUUGAUUUUCAAUUGUAUUUAAUUUAUCACGUUAGGCAUUUUUUUGUAUUUAACAUAUCAGUACUUGCUCAGCUCUUUAAAAAAAAGUUGAAAUCCAUUUCUGUAAUCUCCUUAGCCCACCUGUGAUAGUGUUGCAUAAUCCUGAAUAAAAAGAGACAUAUCCAAAAUAAUUACAA